CGAAAAGUAUAUAUCUGUAUGUGAUGUGAAUUUCGUCGUUAAGUUUAGCAUAGGGUUAUAUUCAUUUAAGAAGAUCUUUUGUCUGGAGAUUCAGAUAUCAUGGAGCGUUUUGUUUCGGAAAUACAAUACAAUUUAUUCGUAGACUUCAAAAGCCAAGAAAUUUUCGAAAUGAAGAAUGCAGUAGAAACAUUACUCAAUAAUUUAGCUGGAAGUUUGAGAAAGACGCAUCCAUUCUUUGACGUUUCCCGCAUAGUAGCUUGUGGGAGCAUGGCGGAGGAAACAAGGAACUGGAGGCGUUCGGAUGACGGUCAUUAUAUUAUCGAAUUUGAUUAUCUAGCACAUCUUAAGUAUCCGCCAAAGUUUACACUGGAAGACGGUUGUUCUGGCUUCAUGCUUAUACUAGACCACCAAAGACACAUGGACAAAUAUUGUAAUAAAUUCAAAUCGUUAGGGAAACUGAAUGCACUGAAUCAAGGAAGACUAGCAUUUGCUUUCAAUUUUGACCUGUUGAAAUCCGUAAGUGCAUUGUGUAACUGCUACCGGUUUGAUACCGCUAUAAAUAUUGUCGAUAGUAGUAACUGCUGCAAGAUAUUCUCCCAUGGAACAUUAUAUAAAAUGAUACAGUACUCCGAAGAAUGCACUUGCUGCAAAGUAACCAAGGAGACGGGGGUCCUGAGGUUGGCCACUGGAACUACCACUGGUUCGCCAUAUUUCCAUGGAUGUAGUCUUGUUUUUGAGUGGACAAGCAACACAAACAAAUUGACACCACAAUCUGGAGUUCGAAAUGAAAAACCAGUCAUCGUUUUGAUAGAUUUUGUUCCAGCAAUUGAAUUAAUACAAAGAAAAUCAGAACUUGGGAGUAAAUUCCUAUCCUCUAUGCAACAUGAAAACAUGGAAACCACUGAAGAUUUGGAACACCAUUGCUUCCUGGUAGGGAAGGGAUGCAACAAGAAAACACAUGAACUGUGUUGGAAAAUUUCCAACUGUGUCCGCGAAAUCAGAAUCCUUAGAGAGACCCAUGUCUAUCAUCGCUAUGCGUAUAUGAUUAUGAAAUUUAUAAAUGAAUGCUUAUACUCUAGUUUCCCAUUAACUACAGGAGUACCCACAACAUAUAAGCUGAAAACAGCAGUGCUGCAUCACUGUAUGGUCUGUUUAGGGUCGCCACCCAACGUCAUGUCCUGUGUACAAGACAUCCUUCAAUUCUUGUCAUGUAGCUAUUCCAAACAGACAUUGUGUAACGUUACGAAUGGAUUGAACCUCCUACUUCCGGAACACAUUGACAAAUUUCCUCCACAGCAUAUCAUUAUGCACUGCAAUCGAUGCAAACUCAUUGGGGACUGUUUCACAAGCACCGCCGACUUCUUACAUCAGACGAAUGUUUUCGAAGAUAAGUGUACAUUCCAAAAAUGCUCUGAGGCAUUUAGGUUGUUGGGACAAACGUAUGAAAAAGCUUGGAAUUCAACCGAAGUGGAAGUCGUAUUUACAGUUGACAGGAAAAUGGUAGCCAAAGCUCUUCGUCAAUUUAUGACAGGGGGGAAUGUUCAUCACCAACUACAGUCAGCUUUAUGCAAUAACGGACCGCUAGAUGAUCAUUGGACGAAGACUCUACAUCCUAUUCAGUGCAGUCAGGUCAGAGAGAUGUACAAUUUUCAUCACAUGCACUGCCCUGAACCUAUCGGAAGGGAAGUCACUUCAAAAGAGCGUCUCUUGACAAACUGCAAGAUCAACAGUGGUUACUACAACUGGAACAACGAGAGUAGGCUGGAAUGGUUCAACUGUAUGAAGGAAGACAAUUUUGCACAGGACGCCUUAGACUCGGAGUACACGGCGGAGAUAUUGUUUAUUCCCACCAGUAUGGGUUGGGCUCACAAAGCGUCUUUAUAAAAGCAGGGCGACGUCGACGAAUCGAUAUCGAGUUCACAAGAAUGUUCCAAGAUGAUUGUCUUCACGAGGUACUGUUUAAGAAAGAUCGUUUCUAUACUUCACCUUGUCGCGAAAACACCAUGUAAUCUAUUUUCAAGAGUUGUAUUUGCUAAAAUUCCAACACGAUCACUGGUUGGACCCAUGUUCAUAUCGAUCAUGCAUGUAUAUGUAUAUAUAUUCAAAAUAUGUACUGAUAACACCAUCCUGAAAUAGAAUUAAAGAAUUCUUGUUAAGUUGUAAAUAUCUUCCUAUUGUUAAGCUAAGGUAGUGAAACGGCUCAGCAUAUACAUGCGCAUGUGCACUCAAAGUUUGUUUGUUUGUUUUUUUUUAAAUUCAUUAUCGUAAAUUAUGAAAUUCAUAGGAAAUACUCAUUUAUUAAAUAUUUUGGGUCUUUUGCACCUCUCCAUUCAGAUUUCGGCAUUUCUUUUUUUUAUCUAUUCCGAGUCUUUGUUUGGUCCUUUUGAUUCUACUGUAUCUAACUCUUCAUUCGUUUUAAAAGGUAGUAACUUCUUGUGUGUCUUUAGUACAACCCCCUGACAUUGGACAAUAUCUUAUUAUCUAUCUAUAACUAAGAUCAUAAUGAUAGGUAUACACUAGAGCUCGUUAAAUACCGUCCUGUAUAUAUUUAACUUAUAGAUGAUGACACACCCCUUAUUACUAUGGUCGUUCAGGAGUAUUGAUUGUAGUACACUCUUUAAUUAGCAUAAGACGUGUGCGCAUGUCUCUUGAUAAGGAACUGUUGUCGUCGAAGUAAUACAUCAAGUGAAUUAGAUUGAAGUAUAACUGGACAUACUGACAUUCGAUUGGUGAGGGAGACUCGCUAAGGGCUGUUAGCGUUUUACAGCAGUCUUCAUGUGACAGGUAUUGACAACCCUCAUUUAGCUUUUGUACGGUUGCAUAUGUCAUGGUUAUAUGCUUUUGAUAUUUAUUCAUUUUGUACAUAAAUGGUGUUUACUGUUUGUGUCGUGUUUUCAGCUUGGGGUGAUAUGAAAUUCGUGACAGAAAAUCGAAUAUAGUUUCUAAAACAAAAGAAAUCGGUCACUGAACAGAAACACAAAGAUUCAUGACCAUAGCAACAGUAACCACAUUCUUAAAAUGGAAAUUGAUCGCUCUACUUCUUAUUAGCAUUCUUUCAUCUUUGUUGAUGGAUUGUGCUUGAUUAAACACUAUUAAGCAAUUUCGUAACAACUCCACUUAAAGACAGUAUCAUUCUCAAAUAUAUCACACAUUAUAUCCUUAUAGCUAUUAAUUAGGUCUUAAUCCCCUAACAAUUAUAAGUGAUAUAUUCAGGGACAUGGUGUAUGCUAAUACAUCUAUGUCCAAUCCUGAGUAAAAAAAAACAAGGCCACAACACAGAUAGCAUCGUCAUAUGUCCACCAUAUCAGCUUUAAUGUGCCGUCUGCAAUAUCGGAGGCGGGUCAUAGAGCUAAAGUUUGUUCUGGAAAUUGAAUCCCCGCUACACUAAGGCACUACAGUGUGUAUGUUAUAAAAUCUGUUAAAGGGAAAAAUGCUAAAGUUUAUUUCGGAACAUUCAUUUCACAUUCUUUUGUAAUAUACCAUGGCGUAUUUGCAUGUUACAUACAAAUAUAUGUUUCUUUUGUAUUUGAAUUAUUUUCUUUAUUAUUCCCUGGCGAACAAUUAAAAAAGAUUCAUAAUGAUAUAUAUUACAAUUUGCUCAUUUUGCGUGUCAAUUUCUAUUACAUGACAUUACCCCCUAACAAAAAUCGUAAUCGUAUGGAUCGUGCAUCACGAACACCAAAUUUGUUAAUUUCUUAAUACACAACUCAAUAAUGGGACAUAACUCCCAAGAAAUGAAAAUGCGAUCGCGAACACAAACCAUUAGGUGCUAAUCACGUGCACCAAGUCCCAUACGUUAAUUCGGGCAAACUUAAAUCUAAAGACAGAAGGAAGCUCCAAUUCCAGUGAAAGAACAUAUCCUCGUCUCGGCAUUUCUAUAGCAUGAAUUUAUUAGCAAUGAAUGUGAGAUUGUAUGGUAAUGUCGUACCGAUCAAGAUUUCUUUGAUUUAGGAUUAAGAACAUAUCCUCGUCUCCAUUUUCGGCAUUUCUAUAGCAUGAAUUUAUUAGCAAUGAAUGUGAGAUUGUAUGGUAAUGUCGUACCGAUCAAGAUUUCUUUGAUUUAGGAUUAUUACUGUGAAGUGUAAUAAUUAAGGACAGAAAAACGGACGAAUGUUUGGCAAAUAUUUUAUUCAAUUGCUCGUUUGGAAGAGCGCACUUUUGAAUCAGUUAUCAUAAUUCAAUUUAUACAAAAAUAAACAAUGUAUCGUCAACAUACUAUAUGCUAGUUGAACCAACGACAACGAGUAAAGUGAAAGUCAUGACAUUAAAUGAUAUUCCGAUUGAUGCUUUAUAAAUGUAUAUAUAUAUAGUUAUAUAUACCAUACAUAAAGUUAUAUAUACUCUAUAUAUGGUUAUAUAUAUCCAAUAUAUACACCUUAUAUAAAAGUAUAUUAAUAUAAUAUUUAUAUAAAGUUGAUAUACAGCCAUUUACUGUAUACAUCCCUUAUUUAAAUAUUAUAUAAAGUUAUAUAUGAACAAUAAGUAUAGUUAUGUAUACACUUUAUAUAUACCUAUUUAUACCUUAUAUAUAACCAUGUACUAUUUAUGUAUGUAUACUUAUAUCACAUGGAUAAAACUCGAGUAAAAUGACUAACCUACCUUAUCUAUAAUUGCAUAAACGCACGUUCCACGCACUCUAUAUCGCUUCAACAUAAGACACAAUCAUUUUUAUUGUAUAUCUCCACAUCUCAACCUGAAUGAUACAUUUUUGUGAUUAAAUUUAAUAACCCUGGCACAUCUUAAAAACGUCACAGAAAGAAACGGCGCUUUAUCGAAAUUUUUAUAGUGAAUUUAUUUCUUCGUCAUGUCGAAAAAUACUUUAAAAUAAACCAUCAGACAUGUUUCUGUCAUUAACAACAAGGCAAUGAUCAUUAUUGCCUGUUUCUGACGCCAAUGUGAUUUCGCAUAGAAAUGCUGAUUACUUUUGCCAAGACCACGCACGCUCCAUGUGACGUACUAUUACUCGGAUACACUCGCGCGAUAAAACAACAUUAUUAAAAUGUCUUUCGGUAAACAAGAUAUAGUGUAGUGAUAUAUGUGUUGAUUCCAGGUAAAGUUAUACAUUUUUUCAACUGUUCUCUUUCAUCUUUACUGUCGGUUGCAUUGACAGUCAUGCUAAAAAUGAAUGAUUCAUGUAGUAUAAUGUUCAUAAUUAAUAUAGAUGUCUUGGAUAUUGUCCUUUCAAAGUGAGAUUACCUUUCAAACUAUUGACUAGAAUAUCAAUAUGCAACAAUAAAAUCAUCAUAUAUAUGUGCUUGCCUACAUUUCUUCUGAUGUUUUUGGCAAGUUUCAAAACUAUCUGGAAACCAUUUUGUUCUGAUAAGUCUCUAAAUGGAAUAUGCAAACAUAAAAACGAAUUAAAACCUAUAACAGCAUUUAAGAGAGAACGUUUAGCACCUUCAUAGAAAUAGCGAUUACAUAUAAUUAUAUUGAUAACAGAAAAAUACAUUUCUAUUUUACUUAGCAAACAAAAGAUACAACGAAACAACUUUCGAACAUAUUCAAUCUCAAAUAUUCAAAUAAGAUUUGUUUAUCAAAUAUCAUGUUCAUCUUAUUUAUCAAAUUCAUAUAACGAUAACUUUUCCUGUGAAAAGAGCCUAAUCCCAGUUGAAAUACCUGGUCCUAUUAUAACGUUUAACAGCCUAAUGUACUAACGAAAGGUAUCUAAGCUCAAUCAUUUCGAGUAUCAUAAUAAAACAUGUGUUGAAAAGAGAAAAACAGUACAAAAUCAUCUAUCUUCGUUGCAUUAUGUGAAAAACCAACAGUGAAUAUAACGAUUCACCUAAUAUAAUCGUCUUCUCUCUUAAAUACUGUCUCUUUACAUCAUCAGUUAAAUAUCAGACCCACAUUUAUUUAGGAACGUAUUGUUUAAAGUGUAUAGGUAUCAAAGACGCAAUAUGCAUGCUCCGACAUCGCUGAUUUGUUACCAGUAUAGCUAUAUAUCUAAACUAAAUGAUUAGACAUUUUAAUUCUAUUUAUCUGAAAUCUAUUCAUUAUGUUUAACUCUUUACUGAAAGACCUAGAUCGGAAACCCAAAGGAUAAGAACAGAAGUCGUCCGAAUAUACAAAAAGGGAAAUUAUGUGCGAAGUACCUGCUCGACUGACACUCAUUAGGCAUCCGCUAGAUCAAAGGGUUAGGAUAACUGAAUAGAGCGCGCCCAUUCUAAUUAUAGCCCCGUGUUGACAUUUCAAUUGUAUGUCAUUGCUUGUAGAAUCAAGGUUGUGCAUUAAAAUCUUGUAGAUAUAUAAAAUAGACGGCAUGAUACAGCAUAUUUUUACAUUGAUACAUAAUCAUGUUCAAUAGUAUGUCAAUGGACAUUUAUUCAUUGACAGUUGACAGUAUGCUAUAGAUAAUUAUAUAUUGAUAUCAAACAUUGUUAAUAACCACAUCUGCUGAAUAGUAAUGCAUAUAAUCAGAAGAAAAAAGGGUAUCAUGAGAUUCUUACAUUUUGACUGCUAACAUAUAAUUUAGAAGGAAAAAAAAACCCCGAUACACCUGAUUUGGUUCUUUUUGAAAAACAAUGAAGCAGGAAGAAAACAUUUACCAAAUUUACCCUAAAAGACAAAAAAAAAAAAAAA